UUUGGCUCUGUUGUUGCUUUGUAAUUUGAUCUUUGAUCCCAACAAUUGUAGUAAAGCUAAACGAAAUGUCAAGUCACAGGUAAAUCUCAAGUAUUUGUAGUAUUUCCUUGGGUUAUUAUUGUUGCAAGGAAUAACUGUUUAAUAAUUAGUCAUGUCUGUUUUUAGUGCUUCAUCCUCAAGUGACAUUUCAGUCGACCUAACCGAUGCCUUUCGAAGUAUGAUACUGAACAAGCGUUUCGUGUUGUGGGAUGAUUUUGAAAGUGCCUUAAAAGAGUUCCAAAAAACUACUUAUACUCGUUACAUCCACACAGAAAGCAGAUUGCUGAAGGAUGUCAGGUUCAGAUACCUGUUUGUAUCGUUUAAUUGUACGUUUGGUCACAAACGGAAAUCGGAAGGUUUGAAAGUGAGGCAAAAAUCGUCUAAAUUCCGUAAUUGUCAAUCUAAAUUCCGUGUAAGACUAGAAGAGCAAGGAUAUGUCAUCAAAUCCUACAAGAUGAUACACAAUCAUCCAUGUAGUAGUUCAUGGAUGGUAUGUGAUCCAUGGACAAGGAGAUUAUCGUCGGAAGAAAAAGAGAACUUGAAGCCCGUAAUACUUCACUGUGAGUCAGCAGACGAAGUUAUCGAAAGUAUUAAGGAGAGAACUGGUAAGCAAGUAACUGCUGCCGAUGUCAAAGCUAUGAAAGCUACACUCUCCACUGGUAAGUGUAUAUAAAUAUAUUUCAGGUUGUUGUACUCGGAAGCAAGUAAUGGAUAUGCUUAGACAAAAAGGCGAAGUGAGGGAGCAUUUAGAAAAUGGAUAUGCGACGAGAAUAUGUUUCAGUAGUUAUAACCAAAUACAACUCUAUAGGAAAUAUCCAGAAGUCGUGUGCAUUGAUUCUACGUAUAAUACUAAUAAUAAAAAAUAUUCCUUAUUCCAGAUAGUGGUGACGGAUAAUUUCGGUCAACUAGAAGAAGUGUCGAAGAUCAAUUGAUAGCCGGAAGAUAUUAUAAAUAUAAUGCUCCACAACGUUUAAUACCCUUGCUAAAUAUUUUGACGCCAUUCGCAAGAUCUAAAGUGUUAUACGAGCUUAAACAAAUGCGUUUUGUCUACGUGGAAUAUGAAAGCGGCGACUGGUUGUUCAUGGUUGACCGUGGACAACAUUAUGAAGUCGAUAUAAGCAUUUGUCAAUGCAAUUGUAGCAUGUUUAUGAUGUGUCGAUAUCCCUGCC